AUGGCAGUCUCAAGAGACAGGUUGAUGGCUUAUUCAAUAGUCUUUAACGUCCAUCCCGAAGCAUAUUCCAGUCUUUCUAUCUAUAUGAAGCCAAAUGUCCAUCAAAUAGAAGCUGCAGGCUCCAUAGGCCGUGGACAAUCUGAUAUCUACACCUCAUUUAUGGUAAGCAAUCUUGACGAGCAGCGCAGAAGAAUUGCAGAAGACCCAAUUCCAAUAUAUCGCACCUUAUUUUCUCUAUUAGACUGUACAAGUGACGAUGAAAUUUUUGCACAAAGUCUUUUGGCGACAAUUGAUGGAAUCAUCCAAGAUGACAGUCGACAAGUUUUAAGCCUAAUUCAGCUGGCGACAGGCAGGGAGACCUUUAAUGUUAUCAAUUUAUUGGUGAGAUUUGCAAGUACUUAUGCUUUUAAGGUAAAUAUUAUAGGAAUAAAUAGAUAAAUGCUAUAGGGGUAUUUAUUUUUAAUAGAUUAUAAAACAAUUCCUAUUAUUGUAGGGGCUGCUAGUCAUAUUCUUUCCACAAUACUAGGAGAACUUAUAUUAAGAAAUCGUGAAAACCCUGGAGACUAUGUAACUCAAGCUUCAAGACUGGUGGAUUCUUUAAUAAACCAAGGCAUGGAAAGCACUUUACCUUUAGAAGAAGCCACUUAUUGUUUUUUACCUCUUUUUAAGAUUGAUGCAGUUAGAAGAGAAUUUUUAAGGACAGGCGGCUUAAGGACUAUUCUUGUUCCUUUGCUUGACCAAAAAUCAGGGAUCCAUCAGCCUAUUUAUGCAGCGAUUUGUUGCUUAUGGAUGAUCUCUUUUGAUGAAGACUCUUAUGAGUUUUUUAUAAGAAGUGACUAUAAUUUAAUUGGAAAAAUCAUAAAAGAGCUUAGAAGAACAGAUAAAGAAAAAGUCAUCAGAGUUGCCUUAGGCAUUUUAAAAAAUUUAUCAGCUGGUGAAGGGACUGUAGAAAUUAUGAUUGAAAAUAAGCUAGUCGAAAUAAUAGAUAAUUUAUCAAAAAGAAUAUUAAAAGAUCCAGAUGUUACAGAAUUAGUCAAGGAUCUUGGAGACAUUUUAGUCAGCAAUGUAAAGCUAUUUUCAUCGUUUGAUAAAUGGCUUAAAGAAGUAGAAAGAGGAGACUUAGUGCCUGGAGUAACCCACACUGAAGCUUUUUGGAAGGAAAAUGCAAAACAUUUGGAAAAUGACAGUUUUGGGCCGGUGAAAAAACUUGUCCAGCUGCUGAAUUCAGAAAGUGUACAGACUGUAGCUUUGGCACUUGCAGAUAUUGGAGAGUUUGCGAGAUUCCAUCCAUAUGGAAAAACAGUUGCUAGCAAGUUAGGAGCAAAAAUCAAGGCGAUGGAGCUGAUGCAAAAUCCUAAUAAAGAUGUGAAUGGAGCAGCUUUGCUUUGUAUCCAGAAAAUUAUGAUACAGAAUUGGCAAAGCAUUUCGUAA